CGGAGUGUGAGGCUGCGUCCUCUCGGUGUGGGGCUGGAACCCCACGAUGGGGUGUUGGAUCCCCAAAGGAUCAGAGUGUGGGGCUGGGACCCGCCGGGAUGGGAUCGUGGGGCUGGGCCCCCCCGGGAUGGGAUUGUGGGGCUGGGACCCCUCGAUGUGGGGCUGGGCCCCCCCGCGCCGUGCCCGCGCCGGCGGAGCCGUCGCCAGUGGCACCGAGCCCCGGCUGCGCCUGGCACCGGCGGGUCCCCCCCCCGGCCCGUGUGUCACCGGUCACUGCCAGGCAGCCGCGGCGAUGGAGCAGCCGCGACCCCCCCGCGGCGCCCCGGGUGCCGGCGAACCGGGGCGACCCCCCCCCGUGCCCCCCGACGUCCGCUUCGUCACCGAGGAGAGCUUCGACUUCGGGGUCCUGUCCCCGUCCGACAGCCAGGAGGAGGAUGAGGAUGAGGCCGAUGCCGAGGGGGGCCGCGGGGGGGGCUGGAGCCCGCUGCGGGGCGCGCGCCUGGAGGAGCUGGUGCGGGAGGCCUCGCGCGUGGCCGCGGAGCUGCAGCGCUGCCGCUUGCCCCCCCCCGCGGCCCCCCCCGCGCCGCAGAGCCCCCGCACCCCCCGCAGCCCCCGCAGGGAGACCUUCGUGGUGAAGGACAGCCCCGUGCGGGCGCUGCUGCCCACCGUGAACGCGCGGGACCCCCCCGCCACCCCCCGCGCCCCCGACAAGCCCCGCGGGGCCCCCGCCGCCCCCCAACACCCCCCCAAGCCCCGCGGAGCCCCCGGUGCCACCAGCGCCCCCAAGGUAGGCCCCAGUGCGGCUCCUGCACCCCCAAAGCCGCUUUGA